ACUUGUGUCGGCCGAAAUCGGAAAACGUUUAGCGUACGUGAACGCUCCGCAGUAUGAUAAAUGAGUGCAAUAGUAGCGGCGCGUCACACCUGCCAAAGGCGGAACGCAAUUAGUUUCGGCAAAGUGUUGAGAGCACACAAAACGGAGUUAAAAAAAAUAAAAAAAUAAAUUAAAUUAAAUUAAUAAAAACACAAAACGCAAGCAUAGUGAAUAAAUAUUUACAUUCCAAACCGUUUUUUUUUUUUACUAAUAUUUAUUCUGUGAAUAUGGAUAGCAAAUCAACUACACCACCACGCAUCUACCCAUCAGCGCCGCUCGAGCAACCAGUGUCGCCCAAUGAGCAGCAGCAGUCUUUAUUGCCACCCGCACCGCCUACUUAUGCGCAGGCAACAGGUGGUGCCGCACCCACAACGCCGAGUACAUCACAUGUUGUUGUAAUUACACCUGGUGCGCCGGUGUUAUACGGUCCAGUGCCGGUGGAUAUACAAUGUCCUUACUGCCACAACUACACACGCACUCGCUUGCGCUUCAGACCGACUUCGCGUACACAUUUGAUUGCACUGUUGCUGUGUCUCUUUCAAUUAUAUUGCUGCGUUUGUUUGCCCUAUUGCAUUGGCAGUUGCAUGAAUACAGCGCAUUACUGUGGCAUGUGUGACCGUUAUUUGGGCACAUAUGUGCGUGAUUAAAACAAGUUUUAAAAAUUGGAGACCUCGGAGAAUUCAUUAAAAUUUUUUCAAUAUUUUUUGUAGCAUAAUUUUUUUAAAAUAAAUUUUGCACUCUUUUUUAUAAUAGUUCAUACACUGUAGACCCAUAUAACAAUGAGCUUUUAAAGUUGUUAAUAUUUUUAAUACGAAAUAAUAAACAUACAUAUUGUUAUUUAUACAUACC